AUGCCAAACUUAGAACUACCUACAAGAAUGUUACCGCGAGUACUGCUACCCACUUUAGCCGCUCUGGGGGCUAUACUACACCCGGAGCGGGCAGAUUUAGUGGGCAUCACGAGCGAGACGAUUGGAGUUUUUAAGUUUGAGAGGAUAUUAUCACAACUCUUGCAAGACAGAAAUGGGCGCGCCAUGCUGAGGGACCGCCAAAGAAUAUCAGAACAUUCGCUACUUAAAGCAAGAUUAUGCGAGCGCGGAAGCUUAGGUCACGCGUACGCUAAAUUUAUGGAUAGUCGGCAGUUCGAGCCAAGUGCAAGACCACCAGUCAGGUUUGUUCAGGACAAGCAGAGCAGAUACAUCGCCAUAAGACUACGUGAAAUUCACGACAUCCUACAUGUUUUAUACGAUUGCCCAACUACUUUGAAGGGCGAACUCACCCUCAAAGCAAUAGAGUUUGUCCAAUAUGGCCUUCCAGCUCAUUGGGCUUCAGCAUAUUUUGCGCCAAGCCGCUUGCCCCUUGCAGAACGCAAUUUCCUGACAAAUCAACUUUUUCCAUGGGCGAUAAGAACUGCUAGCAAAGCACCCAACUUAUUAAGUUUUGACUAUGAAUCUCUCUUCCACACACCCAUUGAUCAAUUGCGUGAUGAUUGGAAAAUUGAAAGGAUACCCUGCAGUUCAGCCUAA